GUUUGGUGAGUUAGCUCAGCUUCUUACUUCUAGUUACUUAUUCAUAUUUUCUUCUUCUUACUCUUUUAUCUUUUCUGUUUUUUUCUUCAUGGAGCUGCCAACACAAGCUCCAGAUUCUGAUGAACAUGAUAAAAGAUUCAGAAUCAAAGCAAAAAAACUUUAUUACAAGCUAUCGAAUCGGUUCAAUGAAUGUAAUUGGUUUUUCUGGAAGAAAACAGUCAAUAAUGCUUACAUAUUGAGGAAUGUGAGCUGUGAAGCUAAACCAGGAGAGGUUAUGGCAAUUGCUGGUCCGAGCGGAGCAGGAAAAACUACAUUGCUGGAGAUACUUGCCGGAAUCAUACCGCCUAGUAGAGUCUCCGGUCAUGUUCUUGUAAACGAGCAACCGAUGAAUGCCAAAUGUUUCCGGAGGCUGUCAGGUUAUGUCUCUCAAGAUGAAGCACUAUUUCCGCUACUUACUGUUGAAGAGACUCUGUUGUAUAGUGCUCGUCUCAGAUUACGAGGCGGAUUCGGAGUUGCGAGAUAUAGAGUUAAGGAAGUAAUGAGAGAACUCGGAUUAGAGCAUGUUGGUGAUGUAAGAAUAGGAAAUGAAUCAAACCGCGGAAUCUCCGGCGGUGAGAAACGUAGAGUGUCUAUUGGUGUUGAUCUAGUUCAUGAUCCUGCUGUUCUUCUGAUUGAUGAACCAACAUCAGGAUUGGAUUCAGCAUCAGCUCUUCAUGUAGUUUUGUUGCUGAAAACUAUGGCUAUAAAGCAAGAUAAAACAAUUUUGUUGACGAUCCAUCAACCCGGCUCUAGAAUUCUCGAGCUGUUCGAUCAGAUUCUUCUGUUAUCAAAUGGAACCGUACUUCAUCAAGGAUCAUUGCAUCUCCUUGAACAGCAGCUUAGAUUUUACGGUCAUUCCAUUCCUCGGCAUGUCAAUGUGCUCGAGUACGCCAUCGAAGUGACCGAAUCCCUGGUCAUGGAUACUGAAGAAAGUGAACAAGGAGAGAGUGAGGCAGGACAAGAUUAUGAACAUAUCAGAAGUACUAAUAGUAAUAUCAAGUAUAGCAUUGUCAAAGAAUCGAAAAUGUUUUACCCCAAUGGACGAUUGGAGGAGGUUCUUGUGCUGGUUCAGAGAUUCUUCACCAUAAUCUGCAGAACGAAUCAGCUUUUCACUGCAAGAAUAUUACAAGCAGUAGUCGGUGGGCUUGUGCUCGGAACAAUAUUUAUGAAUGCAAAUAAUGAACCAAAGAAACACAAGCUACAAACACAAAUCGGGUUUUUUGCAUUCAGUCUCACCUUCUUGCUGUCCUCCACAACAGAAGGACUGCCAAUUUUCUUGCAAGAAAGAUCAACUUUAAUGAGAGAAACAUCAAAAGGAGCUUAUAGGGUAUCAUCUUAUGUCAUAUCAAACACUCUCGUGUUUCUACCAUUUCUGUUUGUUGUCGCAGUCCUCUACAGCACCCCGGUUUACUGGCUCGUCGGAUUGAGACGGGAAAUGGACGGUUUCAUGUAUUUCUUACUGGUGGUAUGGCUGGUUGUUUUGAUGUCAAAUUCUUUUGUUGCAUGUUUUGCUGCUCUUGUGCCUAAUUUCAUUAUGGGUACAUCUUUAAUUGCCGGUAUUAUGGGGUCUUUUUUUCUCUUUUCUGGGUAUUUCAUAACAAAAGAUGAUAUACCCAAAUAUUGGAUUUUCAUGCAUCAUUUGAGUCUUUUUAAGUACCCAUUUGAGUGUUUUAUGAUCAAUGAGUAUGGAAAAGGCAAAGGUAAGAGCAAGUGCUUGGAGAUUAUGGAAGGAAACUGUUAUUUGCAUGGCGAAGAAUUUCUGAUGCAACAAGGUCUCGAAGAAUCAAAGAAAUGGAGCAAUAUAGGAGUAAUGUUAUGUUUUAUUCUUGGAUAUAGAUUUCUAUGUUUCUUGAUUCUGUGUUACAGAUCACACAGAGCUCGAGUUUAAAUUAUUUUUCGCAAUUUAUUUGGAAAAUAGUUCAAAGUAGAUCUUACAGAACUACAAAAUUCCGCUUGUUUCUGCUCUUCUAUAAUCCAACUGGUUAGCAA